AUGAUCUCUGAGCCCCUCAUCACCUUCGAUAAGCUCGUCAUCAAGAUCGCCAUCAUGCUCAGGAACGUGCAAGGCGCGGCCAAGAAGGCGGCCAAAGAGGUGAACUCGACGGCGCUCACGUACGCCGGCGCGGCGAAGGGCAAAGGAAAAGGCAAGGGCGUAGCGAAAGGCGGCGCGCCCGCAAAAGGAAAAGGCGGCAAGGGCGCCCCGGGCAAAGGCCUGGGGGGCAAGGGCGCGACGGGGAUGGCAUGUGCCGUCUGCGGAAAAGCCAACGUGCUCACGAGCGCGUGCACGUGCCCGCCGUGCGUCCGCUGCAAAUUCCGAUUCUGCCCGGGCGCUCCGGGUGCGAGGGCCAUCACGGGCCUGGGCUGCGUGUUCGACAUGCCCAAGUUCCCGGAGCACAAGCUCGUCUUGCAGGCGAACGGCCCGAUUCCCAAGCCCCUGUACGAGAAGGCGGCGCGCGAGUACGCCAAGUGGUGGAACGUGCCGUACGAGGCGAGCGCGACGGAAGCCUCGGCGACCGAGCUCGAUGAGGCCGCGAUCAGGCUCGAGGUCGAGAAGGGAUUCGCCCUCGAGGGCAGCGUUUGCGAGAUGGAGAUCUCCUCGACGGAGCGAGGCAUCCACACGAUCGUGAGAGGCCACCCCGAUCUCCUCGCGCUGCGCGACGUCAUGUACCUCGACGCCCCGAGCAACACGCCAAUGCUGCCCGGCUGCGAGACGAUUCACCUCGACGACGGCGCGAACGUGAUGCUCAUCGCCACCAAGGGUUUGCUCAAGGCGGCGCACGCUCGAAGCUGGGCGUCGAACGGAGCGAUCGCGUCGGUAGCCAAGGGGGCAAAGCUGAGCCUCGAGGGCGAAGCGUCGCUCACGAUGUACCCGCUAUGCGCGGGUGGCGCGCACGAGAUGCUGCAGCUCCACGGGCACAAGGCCUCGGGAGCGCGGCGCAACAUCGUGCCCCCCCAGCUCCUCGCCAAGUCCCUCGGCGCGACGAUCAACUACCACUCGACCAAGUACGGCCCGCCGACAUACGACAUCUCGUUCCCGUCGGGCGUCGAGUGGCUCGUCCUCGAGUACAACGACCUGUUCUUUGCCUUCGUCACAGUGGGCAGCGACACCCUGAUCCCGCGCGACUUGCUCCGGCCCAAGGAAGCCGCAGGCGAAAGCGAGAUCAACGAGGCCGAGGCCAACUCGGCGGGCGCGCUCAGCUGCAUCGAUCCGAAGGUCUGGGCAUCGAGGCUCGCGACCGGCGUCGUCGGUAUCAAAAGUACCAUGAAGGCCGUCAAAGGCAUGGAGUCCGUGAAGGCGCUGACCAACGCCGACAUCCACACCAUCGAGCACGAUAGGCAUCGCCGGGGGCAGGUGGCCAAGCGCCAGCCCACAAACGUCGAACGCGAUCCGAAGGAGCGCAUCUUCACGCCCGGUAGCCGCUUCGUCUGCGACGCCUUCACAUUCCCGGGCCGCGAGCAGGUCUCGCAUAUCCCGACCCGCGCGGGAGCAAAGGCGCCGACGUGCUGCAUGGUCGCCAUCGACGACGCGACGGGAUACGUGUAUGCGAAGACCUCGGACACGCACACGACGGACGACUGGGUCGACUUCUUCUCGCACGUGCACGCAGCCGAGGUGAUGUACAACCACAAAAUGCUGGCUGUCAAGCUCGACAGGGCGCCCGAGUUCGACUGCGAGCGUCUCAAACGGCGCGUCGAAAGCGAGAUACACGUGCGAGUCCUCAUCGGCCCUUCAGGCGAGCACGAGUGCGUCGCGCGCGCAGAGCAACUCAUGGACACCACGGCGCGGGCAACCGAGGCGAUGCUCCAACGGGCGAAGCGCAACCUGGGCGCGGACCCGCGGCGGUACCAAGCCCUGGCGCACAAGUACGCGCUCUACCUCCACAACCGGCGCCCGGACAAGGAAGGCGAACCCUCGCGCAUGCAGCGGCAUUGCGGCCGUGUGCCGGACUUCGGCGACAAGAACGGCAUGGUCCCCUACGUCUUCGGCUGUCAGGUCGUCCGGCUGCGCGACGAGAACGAGCGGACCAACUGGAAGGGAGCAGGCAAGCGCGUAGCCGACGGCGUCUUCGUGGGCAUCGAGCACUCGAGCUACAUGGUGUACAACACGACGACAAGCAAGCUCACCUUCGAGCCGUUCAUUUGGCCGCUCGACGAGCUCGAGCUGUCGCGCACAGGCAUGGCGGCCGGGGCAGCGCAGCACGACGUGGCCUGCCAGAUCGAGCUCUCUACGGUCGAGCCGCUCGUGCUCCUUCCGCCCAAGAGCCCUACGCGAGUGCCGACGCCCAAAGAGCCGGUCGCAUCGGUCGACGCCCCCGUCGGAACGCGCGUCAAGGUAUUCUGGCAAGGGGUCAAGGGUCAGCCCGAGCUCGACAAGUGGUACGAGGGCACCGUCGUGUCCAUCACCGCGCUCGCCAACGGUCAGCUCCGCCACGUCAUCAAGUACGACGGCUGGCCCGACGAGCACGUGCACGACCUCGUCAACGGUGGAAAGCAGUGGAUGCGGCUCAACGCGAUCGCGUCCCCUUCGCAGGGCCUCGAGAAAGGCAACGCGAAAGUUCCGGUGUUUUUACCGGGGGUUCCGGAGCCGUUACCGGCCCCAAUCGCGGCCCCCGCGCCGAGUACCGACCAAUGGACGACGAUCGGGAAGGCGGGCAAGGCGGUCAAGCCAACGGGCAAGGCAGCCGCCGUGCCGGCCCAGCCCGCCAAGCCGCCAGUGCGGACGACCCGCCACUCGAUCCAAAACGGCGACAUCAGCGUCGCUGAACUCGCCGAGAAGGCGCUCGAGCGCGGGCAGGCGACCCCGAGCAUGGCCCAGAUCAUCGUCGAGCACCUGAUGGGGGACUUCGCGCCUGACUUGCUGCAAGGCGACACGGUCGAUUCCAUCCUGGAGCGCGUCGCUGACGUGCCGUACGAGCCGAUCCAGUUUUCGUCCGCCGACUCCAUCGACCUCGAAGCCUCGGGGACGCAGAUCGAGUACGUCACCGAGGCUGGCACCAAGGCGGUCAUGGAUCAGCCGAAGGGCUACUCGCAGGCUCGCGACGCGUUCAAGCUCAAGCACGUCAAGGGGGGCAAGCUCAAGUCGCUCGCGGACUCGCUCCAGAUGCUGCCGCUCAACCCGUCGGGCAAAGUGACGCACAUCACGAAGGAGGUGCAAACGCUGACGGGCAAUCUUCAGUACUUCAAAAAAGUUUCCGCGGGCGAGCUCAACGUCGUCACGCAUCGGCUCUCGUGCGUUCAGGCGAGUGCGCCGCCCGAGGCCGUCAUCGUCGCCAAGGCGGCCAUGAUCAUGGCAUACGAAUCGCGCUUCCGGGGCAUCACAUACUCUAAGUGCGACGUCGCCAAGUCUGUGAAGACGCUCGAAGGCUUUCCGCGGGAGCAGGGCAUCCAUGCGAUGGCUGACGCCUCGUGGGGGGAGCGCAACAUCUACGGCAUCCUCAUCAUGAUGAACAACGGCGUGAUCGUAGCCGAAACCAAGAAGAUGGGCCCGGUCGACUCCUCGGCAGAGGCCGAAGGCAUCGCCACGUCCAAGUGCGCCGAGAUCCUCGAAAACGUGCGCGAGAUCGCCCGCGGCAUGGGCAUCCUUCCCGACGAGCCGACCGUGAUCCGCGGCGACAACCAGUCGAGCGUGCGCGUCUCCAACGACCCGAAAGCGGCGGGUCGCCUCCGUCACGCCCAACGACGCUUUGCGACCUGCCAAGCCCGCGUAGCUCGAGGCGACGUCAUCAUCGUCCACGUCUCGGACGCCAACAACGCGGCGGACUUCCUGACGAAGUGGAUCCCGGUGAUCAAGCUCAACGCGUCGAUCGCGUACGCGUCCAAUGCACAAGCCAAGCUGGACUACGUGACCGCCCCGCGGCUGGCGCCUGCGCUCGAGGCGUCCAUGGCCGACUUCGACCCGUACUACAGCGAGACUGAGUCGGACGUCGUCACCGAAGAGGGGGACUACGCCGACGCGGGUUGGGUAACUGGCGACGGUCCGGCCAUGUGCAUGUUCGACUACUUCGACGACUUCGUACGCCACUACCGCAUCUACGAGACCUCGUUCGAGAUGUGGUACGCAUGGAAUGCGGCGCAGAGCUUCUGCCUCGAGGAGUUCGAGGAGGUCGCCCCCGAAGAGAACAACGACGACGUCGGUUGA